AUGGCCGACCAAGAAGAGGACUUCAGCUCGCUCCCGCUCCCAGACCGAUUCGUCCACAAGAACUGGAAAGUCCGGAAAGAAGGCUACGAGGCCGCCGCGAAGGAGUUUAGCUUAGCCGCCAGCGAGUCGGACCCCGUCGUCCGCCAGUUCAUACAGGAUGCAAGCAUAUGGAAGGGCGUGGUGGGCGAUUCGAAUGUCGCGGCACAACAAGAAGGUUUGGGAGCACUAUGCGCCUUCCUCGACAUUGCGGGUACCCAAGGCUGUACGAGGACGCGAAACAUAACAAUCGCCACGAUCGCUGAGAAGGGCCUACCGUCCACGAGGCCAGCGGCAAAACAGAAGGCACUGGAAGCGCUUAUGCUAUACAUUGAACUGGACAAGGCAGAGCCCGUCAUCGAAGAACUCCUCCCCAUACUGUCGCACAAGCAGCCCAAGGUUAUCGCGGCGACGCUAGACGCGCUCACUCAGAUCUAUCACGCUUUCGGUUGCAAGACAAUAGAGCCAAAACCGGUCCUCAAAGCCCUUCCCAAGGUGUACGGUCAUGCGGAUAAGAACGUGCGAGCCAAAGCCCAGGAGCUGACAGUCGAGUUUUACCGAUGGCUAAAGGAUGCGAUGAAACCUCUGUUUUGGAAUGACCUCAAACCCGUACAGCAGCAGGACUUGGACAAACUCUUUGAAAAAGUGAAGGAUGAGCCGCCACCAAAGCAGGAAAGGCUGUUGCGGUCUCAACAGGCCGCAAGGGAAACAGCAGCUGCAGCGGGCGGUGGAGAAGAAGAGUAUGGAGAGGAAGAGGAGGAUGCAGGCAUCGAUCUCGAGCCAGAACAUGAGGCUGUUGACGUUUUCCCAUUGUUGCCCAAAGACUGGAGCGAAAGGCUAGCCUCCUCAAAAUGGAAGGACCGGAAGGAGGCGCUAGAUGACGUACACAAAGCGUUAAACCACCCAAAGAUUGCCGAAGGACCCUUCGAUGAGCUUGUUAGGGGGUUCGCGAAAAGCAUGAAAGACGCCAAUAUUGCCGUUGUAACGACUGCGGCUAACUGCACUGAGCUCUUAGCUAAGGGCCUCCGGAAGGGUUUCGCCAAGUACCGUUCCACGAUUAUGAAUCCCAUGAUGGAGCGGCUGAAGGAGAAGAAGCAAUCAGUGUCUGAUGCGAUAGGGGCUGCCUUGGACGCUGUGUUUGCAUCCACUAGUCUUCAAGAAUGCCAAGAGGAGAUUCUCGAGUUCCUCAAGCACAAGAAUCCGCAGGUCAAGCUCGAAUCGACACGGUUCCUCAUUCGUUGCCUGAAGACGACCAGAGAGGCACCCUCACCCCCUGAAGUCAAGACGAUCUCCGAGGCGGCCACGAAACUGCUCACGGAAUCGCAGGAGGUGCAGCGGUCAGCUGGUGCGGAGGUUUUGGGUACGCUAUGGAAGAUCAUGGGAGACCGCAUCAUGAACGCCCACCUGGACGGUCUUGACGAUAUCCGCAAGAAUAAGAUCAAGGAAUACUACGACGCCGCAGAAGUCAAAGCCAAAUACAAGCCUAAAGCAGCAGCACCUCCGCCGAAACCCGCGGCGGCUCCUGCAGGGAAGAAACCCAUGCCAGGCAGACGGCCGGCGCCAGGAGGAGUGAAGAAGGCAGCGGCGCCCCCGGCAGCAGCAGCACCACCACCUCAGGAAGAGCCCGCUGCCCCUGUAGCCCCCAAACCCACCGCCCGCCCCGGAGCCUCCAAACUGGCAGCCCCGAAAUCCGGCCUUGCGGCGCCCUCACGUCUAGGGGGUCUCAAAAAGCCCGGCGCUGGUAUUCCCGCUCCCACAGGCUCUCCUCGCCGGCCAGCAGCUGCAGCACCUCCGCCACCUGUCUCUCCACCCCCGGAAGAAGAGCCUGCUCCCCCACCACAACCCAAAUUCGGCCCGGGACGCGGUCUUGCUGGGCGUCCUCUAGGAAAACCUGUCGCGGAACCAGCUCCUGCGCCGGCGGCACCCGUCCAGAACCCCUCUAGCCUGUCGCUUGUCGAACGCGCCGAACUCGACGAACUUCGCGCGGAGGUCGAACACUUGCGGCGCGCGAACGAGGAGCUGCGCUCGGAACGAACUAAACUUACGAGCCAGAUCCACGAGCUGCAGAAUCAGAAUGCGCAGCUGAUUGAGGAUCAUACGCGGGACGUGUUGUCCAUCAAGGCGAAGGAGACGCAGCUGGUGCGGGCGAGAAGCGACUACGAGGCAGCGGAGCAGACAGUGCAGAACCAGCGGAGGGAGGUGGAGAGGCUGAAGCGCGAGUUGAGCAGGCAGGUUCGGGCGAGCAGUCCGCCGCCGAGGGAUCUGAGUGAGCAUCUGUAUGGGGAUGCAGGCUAUGGGGCGCCUGUCGCUGGUGGAUAUGGCAGAAGUGUUGGGGUUGGGAGGGACAGGGGAGGAGGGUAUGGUGCUCAGCCGCUGAGUCCCGGCGCUGACGGUAAGGAGAAUUUCGACAGGCCCACGAGCGGCAGUUUGAGCGGGAAGCUGAGUCCGCUGCGUGGAGGGCCGGGAUCGAGACAGUCGAGCAGUAUGUCAAGUCGUGGUGGGGGCGCGGGGUCGCCUUCAGAGGGGCUGGGGGCGAGUGGUGGUUAUGGCAGUGGGAUUGGGAUUGGGAGUGCGGGUGGAUUUGGCGGGGAGAGGGAACGGUUUGGGGGAAGUGGUGGCAGCAGUGCGGGAUUGGGAUACGGCCAGGCCAGCGCGGGGGCGGAGAGCUGGAAGCGCGCCGCCGAGGUGACGCAGAAUCUCAAGCAGCGGAUUGAGAUGAUGAAGGCGAAACAAGGAAUCGGAAGGCCCCAGCAUCAGAACUAG